UCUCGGCUCAGGAUGAAGCUGCUGGCUAUCGUCGUCACCGUGCUGGCUGCGGCCUCGGUGGGCAGCGCAGGCGGCGGCUACGGCCACCAUGGCGGCUACCACAAUCAGCACUACGGAUACGAGAAGGUGCGCACCAUUGUCAAGCACCACCCGUACCCGGUGGUGAAGCACGUGCCGUACCCGGUGGUGAAGCACGUGCCCGUCUACAAGCCCGUGUACAAGACGGUGGUGAAACACGUGCCGCAGCCGUACCCGGUGGUGAAGCACGUACCCGUCUACAAGAAGGUGCCCGUGGUGAAGCACGUGCCCGUCAUAAAGCGGGUGCCGGUGAUCAAGCGGGUGCCGGUGGUAAAGCACCACUACCAUGUGAAGAAGGUGCCCGUGCACGUGCCUGUGUACGUUCAGAAGCCCAGCUACGGUCACGGCUACGGCGGUGGCUACGCUUACCACUGAACUGGCCGGCUAUAAGCAGUGGCUGAAGCAGAAGUCACGUACCGUCAACGUGUUGUUUGGUUAGCACAUACUUAAAUGGGUUUAAGGCAUGGGCGCUUCUCGUCCGGGUUUUGUUCCGAAAAAUUAGGCCCGCCGCUAUUUACGGGUCUUUAGGCCCGCCGCUAUUUACGGGUCAGUUGAGGUUUCGAAAGGUUUCGACCGGUGCAAGGGCUUCGAAAUUAUCACGCGCAUUAAAGCUCAAAAUGAAAUACGCUGCAAAGCCAGCGUCUAGCAAAAAUCACACCAUACAUUGAAUACAAUGUUUUUUCGGGCUAUGGAGGCCAACAAUUAUUUUAACGGCUCAGUGCGGUAAUAAGUAUUACAAACACAACCUGGGCUUUCUUGGAUUUGUGUGAAUGUUGGAAAGGUCGCUUUGUGAGUGUACCAGCGCACGCCUGGCGUCUUCUCGGUACUGUUCCUGCGUCUGCAUGCCUAAUGUCAGGAGACAUUGAUGGCGUGCACAGCUAGCCAUUUAGACGGUCAACUCGUGAAAACAGUACACAGUUCCAAGGGCGUCAAUGCGGUAUCUUUCCAGCCCAUGCCACCCGUUUUAUACGUUGACCUUUAUGUCAAGGAGUGUCUUUAAAUGACUUACGCGUUUCGACUGUGUGGAAG